AUGGACUCCAACAACUUUCAACACGUACGGACUGUAGCAGAAGCCCCUCAGGUGCUUGGCCACACCGAAGCCUGGCAUAAAAUUUCCGUCACUGUAAAAGCCACUGCACUCAUCAGCAGUUUUCAUAUCGCAAACCUUCCAUAUGGCAACACCGCGAACAUGGACGGUCUGACGCUAAGAGUUGCUAUACAUACGCUCAUCCAGUUGGUAUCUCGCUGUUCGUGCUGUUCAUCGUUUUGCGACUUUGAUCCACGCAGAACUAUCCUCUUCAAUCGAUCACUGUACAACGCUGACAGACCAUCGGUGCCAGUGAGGCAGAGCAGUCCGGCUAAUGCGAUCGCCCAUGACGCCGAUGCUUAUUCAUUGCCCAGCCACUUUGUUCGAAAGAUGCCUGGCAACUGCCAUCGUCUGAAUCUGUGCUCUUCUCCAAAAUCACCUUCGCCGAGCUUUGGGCGACGCAGAGCAACGGACGUCAUUACCACUAAGACUCCCAAUUCCGAUGUCUUUGACGAUGAUGAGAAACAGGGCAAAGAAAAGACGGCAAUGGACGAAGAUAAAGGUGUGACUGAAAACAGCCAUCUUGUUCAGUACAAAAAUCUGAAAACAGAAAUGGCUGAGCAUAAGAAACUAAUCAAGGUUACCGAUCUCAACUACCCAAUCGACCACACCUUCAGGAUAAUGAUGGCCGGCGACAGUGCAGUCGGAAAGUCAUCGAUCAUCUUGCGAAUGGUCAGAGAUAACUUUAGCCCCGUCAUGUCAUCUACGAUUGGUGUCGACUUUCAAGUGAAAAUUUUGCCUGUUGAUCAUAAAUGGGUCGCUCUUCAACUCUGGGAUACUGCUGGCCAAGAAAGAUACCGCAGCUUGUGUCGUUCGUAUUUCCGAAGGGCCGACGCCGUUUUGAUGGUGUAUGACUGUUCGAACGUCGACUCGUUUCUGAACGGUACUACACCGAAAGGCACACCAAUCGUUUUAUGCUGCAACAAGUGUGACUUACGUAAAGAUGACCUGUCAUGCAAGUUUGUCGAUGUCACUGAAGGAAGGCGCCUCGCCGCGAGUAUAAACACAGAAUACUUUGAGGUCAGUGCCAAAGAUGGAACCAACAUACAACAAAUGGGCCAUUAUUUAGCCAGGUGCCUUCUCAAGAAAAAGGCCACUGACAUGGACAGCGAGAGAACCAUUUUAUCGAUCGAAUCACAAUCGAGAAGAUGUCUCGAAUGUUCUGACUACCUGGAGGCGGACCGGCAGACCGGGCGCAACCGUUCUCAUUUUGGCUUACCCUCAGAGAGAGAGGAGUUGAGGCAUUGCGUCGUAUAG